CCGAGAGAACGUUGGUCAAAGUGGAAAAAAAAACAAAACACACGGGCUAGCUAGCACAGAGCUUGUAAUGAAACUGAACCAAAAAGCUCAGCUACCACUGACAUUACAAUGUGUAGCACACAGAUCAGGCGGUGAAUCAUUCAACGACACGGGGAACUGAUGUUAGCGAGCUAACCAGCGUCUGUUACACCAUGAAUUUAAGAGGACUGUUUCAGGACUUCAAUCCCAGUAAGUUCCUGAUCUACUCCUGUCUGCUGCUGUUCUCCGUGUUGCUGUCCCUGAGGCUGGAUGGAGUCAUCCAGUGGAGCUACUGGGCCGUGUUUACCCCGAUAUGGCUGUGGAAGCUGUUGGUCAUCUUUGGGGCCUCUGUGGGCACUGGGGUCUGGGCCCACAACCCUCAGUACAGGGCUGAAGGGGAGACGUGUGUGGAGUUCAAGGCCAUGCUGAUCGCAGUGGGGCUCCACGUCCUGUUGCUGAUGUUCGAGGUGUUGGUGUGCGACCGCGUGGCGAGAGGAAACUACUUCUGGCUCCUCGUCUUCAUGCCCCUCUUCUUCGUGUCGCCUGUUUCUGUAGCAGCCUGCGUCUGGGGGUUCAGACACGACCGCUCUCUUGAGCUGGAGGUGUUGUGUUCCGUCAACAUCCUCCAGUUCAUCUUCAUCGCUCUGAAGCUGGACAGGAUCAUCAACUGGCCGUGGCUGGUGGUGUGUGUCCCGCUGUGGAUCCUGAUGUCCUUCCUGUGCCUUGUAGUCCUCUACUACAUCAUCUGGUCGGUCCUCUUCCUCCGCUCCAUCGACAUCAUCGCCGAGCAGCGGCGGACUCACAUCACCAUGGCGAUCAGCUGGAUGACCAUCGUCGUACCGCUUCUCACCUUUGAGAUCCUUCUGGUGCACAAGCUGGACGGCCACAACAGUCUGAGCUACGUGUGUGUGUUCGUCCCUCUCUGGCUCUCCCUGCUCACACUCAUGGCCACCACCUUUGGCCAGAAGGGAGGGAACCACUGGUGGUUUGGCAUCCGCAAGGACUUCUGCCACUUCCUCCUGGAGCUCCUCCCCUUCCUGCGAGAGUACGGCAACGUCUCCUACGACCUCCAGCGCAGCGAGGACCCCGAGGCGGUGGAGGACCUGCCCGUCCCUGAGCCGCCGCCAAAGAUCGCCCCCAUGUUCCACAAGAAAACGGGCGUGGUGAUCACGCAGAGCCCCGGGAAGUACUUUGUCCCGCCGCCUAAACUCUGCAUCGACAUGCCCGACUAAACAGCAGAGGACAAUGCGUUUGGGGUUUUUUUUUUUUUUUUAAAAGGAUUUGGUCCCCUCACCUGAACUCUACAUCAGCACAGCUGGAGACAGGGGGAUUAUUAACGGAUCCACAAUCCUCAAACCGGCAGUUUUAAAGCAAAGACUCCCCCUGCCCUAAAUCCAUCGAGGAUGGAAUCACAGAAUUAAAAUGGACUGUUUAGUUUUUCACCUGCAGGUGAAGUUUCACUGUGUUGUUCGCUCAAGUUUUAUCCUCUUGACAGGGAAGAGAAGAGGGAAACUGACCAUAGAAGCAUCUCAGAUUCACUCGGAUCUAAACAUUGAAGCUGACAUGACAAGAGGAGCUGAAUAUUUGACUCUGUUAACGGCAGUGGAUCCCUGCUUGACGUUCAGAGAGCGUCAGAGAUGAUGCUCGCCUUGCUUUGUGACGGGGACCAGUCGAGGGAGAGAAGGACUCUCUAGCUUGAAUUUGGGAUCAGUUUUUACCUGUCAACCGUGGAGGUGGAGGAAACGAGGGGGUGGCGGGGUGAAAGGAAAUGCUCUGAUGUUUCCAGGUCUGUCUUAGCGCUGCACUCACACACCCAGAUGUAAACCGUAAGAGUUAUUGGCCUCUAAUUCACAUGAGCUGUUAAAGGAUACUCUACUGCAACUCCGCUGUAAAAGAUGACGCUAAUAUGAGGCUCCUGUGGCGGGCAACUUCUUUUUUAGUACAAAAAUCUCUCUUUGUGUUUCCUCGGACAGUGCUUCCCUUCAAAGCUGCAUCAGACAGAAAAACACAAAAGGAGAAUUUGGUGCUGAAAAUAUCCACACGGCCGCAGCCUCCUUUCAGCUUCAUCUUUGACUUAUGAAGGGAUCACGUCACUGCCAGUAUGAACAGAGGAAUAAUGAGUCUAAUUACAUUACAGGCGAGUAGUGUUUUAAGACAGACCUGAAAAGACCAGAGAACUUUACUUUAAAAAGACAAAUAAUGGAAAUGGCACUUUGUUAAUCUGUUCCAAGAGGAAUCCUGACUGACCGAUCAGUUUUUGUAUUCCUAUUUUCUUUUUGUUUUUUUGUAAAUAAGAGAAGUCGUCAGGUUAGGGACCAGAGUGGAGAAGACAGGGUUGAAUAUGAAGAGGCAGACCUGGGAAAAAAGAAAAAAACACUCAUUUCUACUCAGAGUAAACGAUCAUGAGUCACCACGUUAAAAAACACAGAUUAAGAUUGUCAACCUUCUGUUGAUCUACUGUACCUCCCACAUGUAGGAUUUUACAGCUUUCAGAUUAGUUUACUGGAGACGAUGCGUUCAGGGGCUGUGCUGUGUCAGGAGGAGCGACUGAUACGUUUACAGCCUGAAGGAGGAGAUGAGUUCAGUGUUUAUGCAGAAAGUUUGUGGUUUUUCUGUCUGAGAAAGUCGUCCUCUGAACGUGGAUUUGAACUCGUCCAACACCUGAACUGUUCACCUGAUUUGGCCCCUCAGACGACUCCCUCUUCUCCAAGAUGGAGAGGGAGCUCGGCGGCCGCCAUUUUGACCGUGACGAUGACGCCACAGAGCUGACGUUUCAGGUAACAAACUCUCCUCCUUCGACCGUAGACCAUGAACGUAUCAAUCACCCCUCGUAUCAACAAACAUUUUUAAAAUCCAGAUCUGAUAGUUUUAACUCCUGAGAUUCCUCACGUUACAAGUCAUCCCCAUUUUUUUUUGUUUUAAAACUUUACUGCUAGUGUGUCCACCAUCUUGUUUGCACAUUUGUUGACUGUUUUUUUCCCUUUAAAUCCAUCAUGUAGACCUUAUUAUGCAAAACUAGAGCAGCCUGGUUUUCUUCAGAUGACUCUCAGUAAUCACCUGCACACUAAACAGUAAACAUAUUUAUUUCAGCAUUAAAUGGAGAAAAAAAGUCAUCCUUAAAUUGUUCUCUGCUGUCAUCUGUUGUUUUGUACAGUUUUUAUCUUUUUAUCAAAUAAUGUGAUUCGAGUUUCUUCACCUCCCAGUUUCACAGCCGAUUAUGAGAGAAUUUAACCGAUCGGUUUCUCCCUGUACGAUAUCUGAACGUCUCAGUUAAAUCCUGUGGAAUCUACCGGUUUGAAAAAUCUGACAUUCACUGUUGCAGGUCCUUGAAGAUUUUCUCAGAUUAAACUCUGACAUGAUGUCACAUCAUCA